UAUAUUAGAGGUUGGAAUUCACUGCAACAUCUAACCACAGUUUUUAUAUUUCAUUUUGCUAAGGGAACAUACUUGUAAUGUAAAUGCAGUAUGGCAUUAGCAAAGUUAACUAAUUCUUUUCGAUGUCUAUUACAAAGAAAGCAAUCUACACAAAAUUGUCUGCAUACAUCCGCGUUAUUAUCUGCUUGGCAAAAAGAAAGAAGAGAUCCAAAAGGAUGGCUACGCUAUAAUAAAGUAAUUUAUCCACCUCAGUCACUUAACGAACAACCAAGACCUGCUUUUGUUUGUCAUCAAAAAACUAAUAUUAAGUAUAGCCCUUGGAAAAUGUGGUACAUAGCAUGUAUGGUACGUGGAUUAUCAGUAGAUGAAGCAAUAAAACAACUCAAAUUUGUUAUGAAGAAAGGGGCAAGGUAUGUCAGAGAGACUAUCGAAGAAGCAAAAGAAUUAGCAGUUAAAGAUCAUAAUGUAGAGUUUGGUAGCAAUUUAUGGGUGGCAGAAUCAUUUGUUGGAAAAGGUGAAGUUAUCAAAGGAAUAAGAAGGCAUGCUAGAGGUAGAUAUGGAAAAGUGGAAUAUUUUCACUGUCAUUACUUUGUCAGAUUAGAAGAAGGCCCCCCACCAAAACAUUAUUAUGCAAAUCAUCCAAAAGAACCCCAUGAACAAUUGCACGAUUGGUUAAAUAAUAUGAGAAAACGGAAAAUUUACAAUUCAUUAUAAAAAUAAAGAAUUCAUCACUUUUA